AUGGCUGAUUUUUUGGAUGGAAAUUCGGUCGGUAAUAGGCGAACAUUCUUUAAUUUAGAGGAUAAUGAUGAUACUGGUUCGAAUAUUGUCGAUGAAACGGAAAAAAAGUACUUUUGUGAUGAUGAUGUUGAUUCGGAUAUUCUGCUCAGUUCGUUGACCGGUACAUCUCCUUGUAAAUUGGCAUAUGAACGUGGAUUAGAAAUUGUCGUUCUUAACCACAGAUUCAUUGAUGAAGUUGGUGAUUACAUUCGAUUUAUGUCGUUGUGUAAGCAAUUAAAAGAAAUUGAUUUGGCUUGGAAUCGGCUUACAUCAUGGGCAGAAAUUGCCGUUUUGAUGGAAAUCCCGAAUUUGCAGGUGGUAAAUCUCAGCCAUAAUCCUUUGAAAAAUUCAAUCGAUGCUGAAUUACCUUAUGCAAAUCAUUUGAAAACGCUUAUUAUUAAUGGUAUAAAUCUUCCAUUCACAACUAUUGGGCAUUUCGUGUCAAAAAUGCCAUCUCUUUAUGAAUUACAUAUUUCUGAUAAUAGCCUUCUGGGCAAUCUUUUGGAUAUUCCAGAUGGUGAUGUGAUAUCUGAGACUGUUCAAAUUGUGUAUUUUAACCGGUGUAAUAUCACUAUCUGGAACAGCGUUGUAUUAAUCAAACAGUUGUUUCCACAAAGCCAUUCGUUCUUCUUAUGCGAAAAUCCAAUAACAUCUGUUACCUUCAUUCCAGAAUUUAAACAAUUGGAUAUUUUCAAUGGUAUUUCAUUUCUGAAUAUGAAUAAAUGUCUUAUUGAUAAUUGGGCUUCCAUAGAAAGUUUAUCAGAAGUAUCAUCUUUACGAGAUCUUCGCUUGCAACAUAUUCCUUUACUGAAUAAUUAUUCAAGUAACGAAAGGAAUCAUCUUAUAAUUGGUCGUAUGCCAUUAUUGGAGACGCUAAAUGGUUCAAAAAUAACUGUGAAGGAGCGAGAAGAGUCAGAACGUUUCUUUUUGAGAUAUUAUGAUAAUUACGAGAUAAAACCGAUCGUUUAUGGCGCUUUACUUGCUCGUCAUGGCCAUAUCGAACAACUGUGUAAAGUGGAUCUCACUCCCAAAAUGCACGCUUAUGUUGUUGUGAUUUGUGAAGAAAAUGGGUACACGGGUAAUGUAAAAGUGCGGCUCUCUCAUUCGGUAUCUUGCCUGAUGCGAAUGCUAGAGAAAUUAACGAACAUACAUCAUGCUCGCAUGCGAAUUUUUUACUUAAGUGGCAAAAAUCCAUUUGCUGAAGAACUUCGCUUUCCGAACCAGAAGCUUCUUUCACUCCGCGUUGAAGAUGGUGAUAAAUUUAGUGUGCAGGUAAAAUGGUUUUGUAAAAUGUGA